AUGAAUGGAACCAUCCCCGAAAGUCUUGGACAACUCUCAAAGCUAGUCAGUUUGCAACUUGAUAUGAAUUCCUGGGAAGGUGUCAUAACAGAAGCUCAUUUGAUGAAUCUCACAAGACUAGAAUAUUUUGCAGUAACAAUUGAUAAAAACCAAUCUCUAAUUUUCAAUGUGACAUACGACUGGGUUCCUCCUUUCAAGCUCAAAAAUCUUGAACUAGCAGGUUGUCUAAUUGGCUCCAAAUUUCCUAUAUGGCUUCAAGUUCAGACUGAGCUUACAGAAGUCACCCUUAGGAACGUCGGAAUCUCAGGAGCUAUACCUGAGGAUUGGUUCUCUAAGAUAUCUUCUCAACUCACUUCCUUGGAUCUAUCAAACAACCAGAUCAGCGGGAAGUUUCCACAACACUUGGUAUUUCCAAAUGUAACUUAUUUUGAUCUAAGUUAUAAUCGCUUCAAGGGUCCUAUCCCACUUUGUUUUAAAAAUGUAGUCCAACUGUAUCUUGAAAGCAAUUUAUUUUCAAGCCCUAUCCCGUCAAAUAUUGGUGAUCUAAUGCCAAAGUUGCAAAUAUUAGAUCUUUCAAAGAAUCACCUUUUUGGUACAAUUCCCUUGUCCAUACCAAAAAUAGAAGUGCUUGAAAUACUUUCCCUGGGGAAAAAUCAGCUUUCAGGGGAGCUUCCCCAUCAUUGGAAUGAUUCACAAUUCCUAAAGGUUGUGGAUAUUGCAUAUAACAACCUAUCUGGAAAAAUUCCAAAUUCAAUGGGUUUCCUAAAUUCCCUUGAAGUAUUAGUGUUGAGCAACAACAAUCUUUAUGGAGAAAUUCCUUCUUCGUUGAGAAAUUGUUCUCUUCGGAGCAUUGAUCUUGGUGGAAAUUAUCUCUCAGGAAACCUUCCAUCAUGGAUAGGAUCGCACGUCUUAAUGCUACGCUUACGUUCAAAUCUAUUUAGUGGAAUCAUUCCUCGACAAUGGUGCAAUCUUCCAAGUCUUCACAUCCUAGAUCUUGCACAAAACAAUCUUUAUGGUGGCAUUCCAGUUUGUUUGGACAAUUUGACUGCUUUGAUUUAUGGCUACAACAAUAGUUACUUUGGUGUUCUCGAUUAUCAGGAGGAAACAAUUUUAGUGACAAAAGGACAAGAGCUUUUAUAUGGUAGAAUUCUUGAGUUUGUUAGUAGCAUUGAUCUUUCAGGGAAUCAUUUGGCGGGAGAAAUUCCCAAUGAACUAUCACGCCUCAUAGAAUUGGGUACAGUGAACUUGUCAAAUAAUCAUUUGACUGGAAACAUUCCUCAAGAUAUUGGAAACUUGUGGCGGCUUGAAACGCUUGAUCUCUCUAAAAAUAGUCUUUCUGGUCCGAUUCCUAAAAGUCUGUCUUCUUUGACUUUCUUGGCACACUUGAACCUGUCUUUUAACAACUUGGUAGGAAAAAUCCCAUCUGGUAGUCAGCUCCAAACACUAAAUGAUGCAUCCAUAUACAAGGGCAACCCUUCAUUGUGUGGGUCUCCCCUUCCAACCAAGUGUCCAGGAGAUGAAACAUUUGAUGGCCCAACUAUUACCAGCAGCAGUGUUGAUGACAAACAAGAUGGAGAUGAUUAUGAAAGGUUAUGGUUCUAUGUUAGCAUCGGACUUGGGUUUGUUGUGGGAUUUUGGAGUGUUUGUGGCACCUUAAUAGUGAAGAAGUCAUGGAGGCAUUGGUUUUUUCAAUUCUGUGAUGACAUCAAAGAUAGGAUAUCACUUAUAAUUGCAUUGAAAGUAGUUCAUUUGAAAAGAAAAUUUGGGUUGGAAAAAUUGAAGUCUGUAGAUGGAAAGACUUUUUCAGUUCGUAAUUGAGAAGUCACACAAUCGCAAUUGGAUGACCUCCCUGAAGGUAUCAUGAAUAUGGAUAUCCACUAGUAGAGCAAGGAUGACCCUACAAUGGAUUGCCACAUCUCUUCUAAUCUGUCUCUUGAUGUUGUGAUGUUGUCAUUUCUAAACAUAUGAACGACUGUUGUUAUUAUUAUGAAAUUUGGACUUGUAAUAACAGUCUUAUUAUUAUGAUUAUGGAGCGUGGCCCUUGGACAUGUAAUAUCUUUAUUAUAUUUUGGACAUCAUUUAUGGAAGUACUUUUAUUAACUUUCGAUGC